AUGGUUAUAUUAUCAUUUGAGCACACUUGGAAGGGGGAGACCAAUUUUGAAAGAAAUCACCAAUUAAUUCAAAGUAUUUUUGUGCAUAGUUUUAACAACUUUGCCUGCCUUCUCUUUGCAGGUUAUGAAGCACCACAUUUGAGGAAAAUCGCCGACAAGGUUGCUCGAUCUGGAUUCUAUGCUGUGGUUCCUGACUUCUUUUUUGGUGAUCCCUAUGUGGCAAAUACUUCUAGAACAAUUCCAGUCUGGUUAAAAAUUCAUGGAACCGACAAAGGAUUUGAAGAUGCUAAACCAGUAAUUGCUGCUCUGAAACAAAAGGGCAUACAUGCAAUUGGAGCAGCAGGGUUUUGUUGGGGUGGCAAUGUGGUGACAAAAAUAGCAAAGACUAAUUUGAUUAAAGCUGCAGUGUUGUUACACCCUUCAUGGGUCACUGUGGAUGAUAUUAAGGCUGUCAAGGUUCCAAUUGCCAUAUUGGCUGCUGAACUAGACAAUGGCACCCCAGCCAAACAACUCGAAGAGUUCAAGUCAGUCUUGUCUCAAGAUAAGGUUAAAAACUUUAUCAAGAUAUAUCCAAAUGUUAAGCAUGGAUGGACAGUCAGGUACAACGACACUGAUGCGACGGCUGUGAAGGCUGCCAAUGAAGCUCAUAAAGACUUGUUGCAUUGGUCAACCAAGUAUGUUAAGAAAAGAUAAUGAUCCAGGCAAUUAGGAAGUACUCCAAUCCUAUUUAUGCCUUCAGAAUUAUUAAAAUGGAGUGUAUUGUAUGAUCCUCAAAAUCUUCUUUUUGAGGCCAAGAAUAAAUCUUAACAAGCUCUUUGUGUCCUUUUUAAUAAACAAUUAAAAAAAAAAAGGUGCCUAUCAUUUCCAAGUUGUGUGCCA